CCGAAGCGCGCGCGGACGCAGGCGCUCCUUCGGGAGCGCGUUGGCCAGGUGGCGCAACCUACCCACUUUUCGCGAACGAGAGAUUUGUUUAUCUAUCCUUCCGUGCUUCCUAUCUUCCCUGUCUUUCCCGCUUCCUUUCUCUCUUCCUCCCGGAUAUCCCGGGUGCCCCCGGCAGGCCCGGUAUGGCCAGUAUCUGGCACCGGGCUUUCCCGUUUUCAGCGUGGUUCCGUGUGGUAGGCUGCUUCUGGGUUCUCGCAUAUUUCGGCAUUCAACCGAAACGUCUUCGACAUCCAGUUCGGAUUGCCGCCUUCCAGACAACGCAGCGCAUCGUCGUACUUGCCAUUUCGAUGGCCCAUCCGUUGCCCCAUCAGAUACCCAAUGAUGCCAAGCCGUACCACAUCGUCCACUUUUCAGAUGACAGUACAUUUGUCGUACCGGAAUGGUGGCUUGACAGAUCUGGACCAAAUUUAGUAGCCUUUUGGCCACCCUACAGCACGAAGGAACAACUAGUGCAAGUGGUGCAGCGUAGGGACAAAAUCACUCAAGACUGGUCUGUACAUCCUGCACGCAUUUUGCAUUCAUGUGCUACUUUGCAGCAAGCUCUGGACGGAAUAGAUGAGGAAGAGGACACAUCUAGCUUGGAGUCAGAUAGCCCUCAGCAGCCUGUGCGAAAGCGCUCCAAGCCCAGGAGACUGUUCGAUCAUGGGGAGAACAGGAGACUGUUCGAUCACGGGGAGGACAGGCCUCCUGCUGAGCCACAACAGAGUGCCUGCUUCCGUAGGUAG